UUUAAUGGGGUUUAGAGGACUCUCGGGAGCACUGUGAACAGUAAUAAAGCAAAACGAUAUGUUGAGGCAGCUGGCUUUAAUGCAGAAACAUUAACCCAAGGACAUUCAAAACAUAAGGCCGAGGUUAUUAGCGGUACCAUGAAACUACAACCCCCAACAUUCAGGUGUCCGACAGUAGCGCAGUGCUUUUUGCGCAGGCGCAGCAGGAGUAAUUGGAUAUCAAGUUGGCCAAAACAGCGGGUGAUAAAAUGCACAAGCUGAAGUCAUCGCAGAAGGACAAGGUUCGGCAGUUUAUGUCCUUCACGCAGGCAGGGGAGAGGACAGCCGUGUACUGCCUGACACAGAAUGACUGGAAACUAGAAGUUGCCACAGAUAACUACUUUCAGAACCCAGAUCUCUACUACAAAGAAUCCAUGAAAACCUCAGUGGACCGCAAGAAGCUGGAACAGCUUUACAACAGAUACAAAGAUCCCCAGGAUGAGAAUAAGAUCGGCAUUGAUGGGAUCCAGCAGUUCUGUGAUGACCUGACCCUGGACCCGGCCAGCAUAAGCGUUCUGGUGGUGGCAUGGAAGUUCAGAGCUGCCACACAGUGCGAGUUCAGCAGGAAAGAGUUCCUGGACGGCAUGGCUGAGCUUGGGUGUGACAGUCCUGAGAAACUCAAGGCGAUCCUGCCCAGACUAGAACAGGAGCUGAAAGACUCAGGGAAGUUCAAAGACUUCUACCAGUUUACCUUCAACUUUGCCAAGAAUCCCGGCCAGAAGGGCUUAGAGCUAGAGAUGGCUGUGGCUUACUGGAAUCUGGUACUGACGGGCCGAUUCAAGUUCUUGGACCUCUGGAACCGCUUUCUACUGGAGCAUCACAAGCGGUCAAUUCCCAAGGACACAUGGAACCUCCUUCUGGACUUUGGCAAUAUGAUUGCAGAUGACAUGUCAAACUAUGAUGAGGAAGGGGCAUGGCCUGUCCUCAUAGACGACUUUGUGGAGUUUGCUCGGCCAAUCGUGACAGGGAACAAGCGCAAAACCAUAUAGUCUCUGUCCCAGCUCCAUGCGAUGGGUGGAGUUUGUGUUUCUCCCAGUUUUCUUUUUAUGACUAAGGAUUUUUAUACACAUGAGCCAAAAAGAGACUACUUCUGAGUAAGCCUGUCCGCAGGUUGUCAGUGAGAUUGUUCUUCCAGCUGAAUACGAGACCUUGGUGGGGGAGCUGGGACAGCCAGUUCAGAGAGGAAAGUAGGAGAAGAAACAACAGGAGAAGAGAUUUGUUUUUAGUUUGCUACAAGUGGAAUGCCAAGGAAGGACUCUGGAAACGCUAAUGGCAAUGAUGGUAAUCCUAGUACUCCUCACUCAUGAGCAAACUCUACAUGGGUGUGGCUUAGAGCUGGUGCUGUGGACUUGGCUCGCUUACUUGCACCCCUCCUCCCCUGCCGCUGGCACAGUGAAGGGGGACAGUAACAGAAAGUGAGCUUUCAGCGGACGCAGCUGAUCAGAUUUCAGAUGAAGUAUGGUGUGGCCUCACAUGUUGCCAAUUCUGAAUGGAACAGGAUGUUAAAAUCUGCAUGUUUUUGUCAGCUAGUGUUAAGCAGUGCCAUGGGAGUUGAGGAAGGAAAAUUACAUUAUUUUCACUGAGAUUGCGAAUGUGUGGCUUUCAUACAAUCACACCGAGAACAGAGAAGAAGUGUGCUUGCUUGCCAUUGUGUGUUUGUGUGUAUGUGUGUACUUUGUGGGUUAAAGGCUCUGCUUCUUUACCAUGUCAUGUUAAAAGUUCUCAUUUGGUUUAUUAUGUGAAGAAGUUUAGAAAUGGUCAUUCACUCAUACUGAGCAACAGUUUAACAGUUCAGAUUUUGUAUUCAGAUUGAGAAUUGGACGGAGCAGCAUGCUAUUUGAGCUCAGCACCAGCAGAUACACUAUUGUUGCAGUUCUGAGAAACUGUACCCAUAGGACUAAGAAUAGGUAGAGCUUUAGGAAAAUGACAAUAUAUAUCUGAGAAAUUUUACAUUUAUAAACAAUGAAUACCUGAGAAGCAUAUAAGAUCCUCAGUUUUUACAACGCUAAUGCGUUAAUUUUUAGUUCCGUUUGGUUUUGCAGUGUGUAAACUGUUGUACACAAGGAGUAACUGACUGGCACAUUGACUGUUUUCUAAUAUCCAGGUGAUGACUUGUCUUGUACUUGCCAACUCUACGAACUGCACUGAUUGACACUUUUUAUGUUGUUAGGACUUUUAUCAGGCAGCACUGCACACGGCUACAGAGCUAUUCAGUUUACAUAACAGUAGGUUUCACUCGCAUCCUACACUUUUUUUUUUUUUUUUUUUUUAAUGAAGUCGUACCUCCCAGUUACUUCAUAUUAUUUUAACUUUGUGUUUACACUGUUGGGGUUUUUGGUCCGUUGCCAUUCAUAGAUUCACAACAGUGGUGUUUGCGAGUAUGGCAGUGGUGGCUUAUAACGAACCAUUUCACUACUACAGAGAAAAAAAAAAAAAACACGCCUCAGUUCACUUGAAAAACUCUGCACAUGCUAGAUGAAUCCACUCCCUAUCUCGGCUAAAACAUGUAACAUGAAAUAGAACUCAGGUACCAGUAGUUCUCUCCAAGCCUCAGUGAGCAGCAGGAGGCUUGCUUUAGUUACAUCAGUAUUUGCUAUGUUUUCUGUGCAAAACACCACCCAGCCACUCUGAUAUUAUUGCCCUGUCAGUUUUAUUUGUUGCCAUGAUACAGUGGGCCAAACCUAUGCUAUGUCUUGAAGAGAAAUAAAACGUGACUGAAAUUAUACAACCCCUGUUGCACGUUAAAGUCCACCUGAUUUUUCUGCCCUGCCAGCAGCUAAUUAAAGGAGAAAUAAUUGUCCUUUAGGUUGACAUAUUGUUGUUACAGUUCUUACAUUUACAUUACACUUCUCAAUUUACGUUAAACCAAGGAUGUAUGCAGGAAUGUAGAUUUUAAAAAGCUGGCACACCCGCUGCGAAAGGCAAUUAUGUUUUAAUUACAGCCACUGUCAAACGUGUCAUGCAGAUGAGGUGUAGAUGAUCAAAACAGUCACUCUGCAAGCUGGUAAAUGUAUCGCUCAAUUCAAGUGAACAGCGAGUGGGAUUUGUUUUGAUCCACAAAGAUAUUUCAGGUGUUUUCAACUGUCUAAAGGAGCUCUGUCUACCCAGGGUCCCUUUGUUUUACAGUACAAUGUUGUGUACAAAUUGUUUUUGGUCAAGGUGGCAAGACAGCGUGAAAACUUUUCCCCUUUUGAUUGUAGACCCAGGAACAAGCGUCUGUGGUUCUGGAGCAGGGAAAGGUGACAUCCCUUUUUGUUCUAAAAUGGUACGUGUGGUACGUUAUUAAUUGUCAAGUAUUUUGUCAACUGUGUUUCUAGUCAUGCAGCUCAUUCUCCUCAAAACAGUAUUAUUUCCGCAGGCAAAUGAUAAAGUAUUGACAGCAUAUGAUCUUUUGUCAUGGAGGCAUACAGGAAAUUGUUUUGGCAAAAGAAAGUUGUCAAUAAAGCAUGUUGUUUUUAACAAAGUAUGGCAAUUGUAUGUUUACAGUCUUACAUGUAUAGUAAUAUCCCUGACACCAAAUGUAUGAUGUACUAACUGUCAUGUUGUUUGUGAAUGAAAAUAUGCAGAAUACAACACUCCAUACUACAGUGAUUUUCAGUCGUGUCCCAUCAGGGCCUGAAGUUACGCAGGUUUUCAUACUAACUAAAAUCUGCAUCUGCUGAUGUCACUGAUAUGGGCACAUUAAACCAGAGAAAAGGGAACUAAACAGUGAAA